AUGAAUGAAAUUGAAAAGGAAAUUGAGGAGGAGAUCGAAGUGGAACGUGAGGAGGAGACUGCAGAUGAAUCUAAUGAGGAGAUUGAAGAGGAACUUGAGGAGGCGACUGCAGAUGAAUCUGAGGAGGAGAUCCUAGAGGAACUUGAGGGGGAAACUUUGCAGGAAUGUGACUAUCCCUCUGACUUCGAGGAGUUCAUUGAAUCGGAGCAGUCAACGAAAAUUGAUCUCCAAAAAGACCUCCUGAAAGAAGGAGGAGCCAGAACUGCUCUUGAAGUGAACACAAACAGUGCAAAAAGAGAUCGAUCUCAAUUGGAAGAUUACCUGAAGAAGGAGCGAAAAGAAAAAGAAGCUCUCCCAAUAACUCUCGCUUUGAAUCAAGAGCAAUCUCAAACAUCCAGUCAUGAAGCAACAAUUGAGCACAUGAAGGCAGAAAGGGCUGAUAGGAGGUCAGGGGAAGACCAACAGCAUCAUGAAGAUCAACAGCUGGCUUCUGAGAACAAGACGCCAAGAUGCAGACUUGAAGAUGCCCUUCAUGAGAAAGCGCUUGCCCGAAAGCAGCUUCAGGAGGACAGAGAGGCUUGCAUAUAUGACAAUAUGACCCAUGAAAACCAACAGUUGGCUUCUGAGAACAAGAGGCUACAAGGUGAACUGGAGGAUGCUCUAAGAGAGAUGAGGCUCGCUGGUGACGCCGCCUUAUCAGAGCAAUUGGUGGAAAGAGAUAAACUAGACUCUCUGACUCGAGAAAAUCAACAAGUUGCCUCUGUGAAUGAAAAGCUACGAAGUGAACUUGUCGAUGCUUUACGUGAGAGACAUGUGGCCGACAUCUCCAAGCAGCGUACACUGGAUGAUCUAACUGAGGAAAAUCAUCACCUGGCUUCCAAGAGCAAGAGGCUACAAGGUGAACUGGAGGAUGCUCUAAGAGAUCUGAAGCUCGCUGGUGACGCCGCCUUAUCGGAGCAAUUGGUGGAAAGAAAUAAACUAGACUUUCUGACUCAAGAAAAUCAACAAGUUGCCUCUGUGAACGAAAAGCUACGAAGUGAACUUGUCAAUGCUUUAAGUGAGAGACAUGUGGCCGACAUUUCCAAGCAGCGUACACUGGACGAUCUGACCGAGGAAAAUCAUCACCUGGCUUCCAAGAGCAAGAGGCUACAAGGUGAACUGGAGGAUGCUCUAAGAGAUCUGAAGCUCGCUGGUGACGCCGCCUUAUCGGAGCAAUUGGUGGAAAGAAAUAAACUAGACUUUCUGACUCAAGAAAAUCAACAAGUUGCCUCUGUGAACGAAAAGCUACGAAGUGAACUUGUCAAUGCUUUAAGUGAGAGACAUGUGGCCGACAUCUCCAAGCAGCGUCCACUGGAUGAUCUGACCGAGGAAAAUCAUCACCUGGCUUCCAACAGCAAGAGGCUACAAGGUGAACUUGAGGAUGCUGUACAGCAGCACCAGGAAGACAUAGAAGCUUGCAGCAGACUUGAGGAACAAGUGAAGAAGGAGAAAGCCAGGUUCUUGCAACUAAAUAAGAAAUUAGCGAGGCUAAAGAGAGGCCAAGCGGAUAAAGAGUUACUGAUGAAUGAAAUUGAAACACUAAGCCUGCAGAACAACGAUAUCACGGGUAAAUUAGAGGCCAUGGAAGCAAAAAUUAAAGAAACUAUGUCUCAGAAAGAUGAUAUUAUCUUUAAGAAUCAAGCCACCAUUGUUGAGAACCAACAGCUGGCUUCUGAGAACAAGAGACUACAAGUUGAACUGGAGGAACAAGCGAAGAAGGAGAAAGUCAGGUUCUUGCAACUAAAUAAGAAAUUAGCAAGGCUUAAGAGAGGCCCAGCAGACACAGAGGAGCUGACGUAUGACAAGGAAACAUGCAGGAUGGAGAACAAGUAUAUCACGGGUAAGUUAGAGGCCAUGGAGGCCAAAUAUGACCUAUUAGUUCAGAGAGACGGAGCUGACCCUUGGCGGAAAGAAGAACUCCUGGCACAGAAAGACGAUGUCAUCUUGAGCAAUCAAGCCAUCAAGCUCCAAUAUGUAGUUGAUGAGCUCAGGACACAACAGUCAGAGAGCAAGAUGAAACAGGCCCAGCUCGAAGACACCCUACGUCAGGCGCAGAUACAAAGGGCCGUCUUGGAGGAGAGAAUUAGUAACACUGCCUCUCUUGAAAAACAAAAGAUGAAAAACGUUCAUUUGGCCUAUGCCCUUAAAACAGAGAGGGCCAAAAGUAAGAGAUACAGUUUUGAGCUCACGGAAGCCAAGAUCAAUCAAGUAAAAUUGCAGGAGGGGCAGCAAGAAACCUGCCACGUCAGUAGUGGUCGUCGUUGA